UGGAUGCGUUUAAAAACAUUCGUGUGUUGUUCUUAAAGAAAGGAGUUGAAAGGGCUCCCAUCCUCUCCGUGGUCGGAAUGGACGGUCGUGGCCAUGGGAUUCUAAAGGCUUUCCCUAAAGUCAAGAGAGCCAGGCCUAAUGACCAGAAGGACGCGCCUCCUUCCAAGAGGACUCCUGCUGAAUCCAUAACACUAACAGGUACAGUUUUCCAGGGAGUCACUAUAUACAUAGUUCCAGCUGGUAUAGGGAAAGCCAGGUGUGAUAUAUUCCAUCGGCAAAUUACUCAGAAUGGAGGACUGACAGUCUCCACAUUCACUCCCAGCUGCACACACGUUGUGGUGGAUGAUUCAGUUGAUUUUAAGAGAGCUCUGAGGCUUCUGAAAAUAGAUACACUGCCAUCUGCUGUUCAUCUGAUCAAGUGUACUUGGUUGAGUGCCUGCAUCAGUGAGAAGAGAUUACUAGACACUGAAGACUACAGCCUCCUUCCUCCUGAGAGUCCCACAGUUGCUGCUGCUGAGAAGUCAAAUGAAGCAACAAUCCAACCAGUUCCAGAAGUAGCAGCACAGGACCCUUUGCAAAUCCUUGACAAUCUGGAUCCUCAUGAAAAUCUCACAGAGACUAUACCACCAGAGACUCAGGAGGAGCACCACGAGGAAGACGGUGUAUCUCAAAAUGACCUGGAGGCCUUGAUCAGUGGCGUUCAUCCAUCGGAGAGCAACCAAGACCAGAAGCAGAGCUCAGCUGAGAAGCCGGUUUUGCCUGGGAAGUGGGUCUGUUCUCAGCCAUCCACAACGAAAGGGGAGAACCAUAACAAACACCUCACUGACAAACUGGAGCCGCUGGCCAAAGCCUAUACGCAUACGGGUGAUAAAUGGAGAGCUCUGGGAUAUUCUAAAGCGAUCAACGCCCUUAAGAGCUACCACAAGCCCAUCACCUCAUAUGAGGAGGCAUGUAAGAUUCCAGGCAUUGGUAAACGAAUGGCGGACAAGAUCAUGGAAAUCAUGGAAAGUGGGCACUUGCGUAAACUGGAUCACAUUGGGGAGGAAGUGCCUGUUCUUGAAAUGUUCACCAACAUCUGGGGUGCUGGAGCCAAAACUGCUCAGAUGUGGUAUCAACAGGGAUUUCGCACAUUGGAGGACAUUCGCACUAAGGCCGUUUUGAAUCACACUCUAAGGGUGGGACUAAAACACUAUGACGAUCUCCUCGAGCGGAUGCCGAGAAGUGAAGCAAAAGCCAUCGAGAAAGCGGUGAAGGACGCAGUUCACAAUGUGGACCCACAGCUGCUGGCCAUGGCGUGUGGUUCGUACCGCAGGGGCAGGAGCACAUGUGGAGACGUGGACGUUCUCAUCACUCACCCGGAUGGACAAUCACACAAGGGGGUUUUCAGCAAAGUAUUGCAUCUCCUUCAUCAGAGUGGUUUCCUGACUGAUGACCUUGUUAGCCACGAGGAGAAUGGUGAGCAGAAGAAGUACAUGGGCAUCUGCCGGCUUCCAGGUCCUUCACAGCUCCACAGAAGACUUGACAUCAUAGUAGUGCCCUAUUCAGAAUUUGCAUGUGCUCUUUUAUACUUCACUGGCUCCGCCCACUUCAACCGGUCAAUGAGGGCAUUGGCUAAGACCAAAAACAUGAGCCUAUCAGAGCACUCGCUAAACUGUGCUGUUGUUCGGCAGCGUGGUGUGAAAUUGGUUGCGGGAACUCCUUUACACACGCCAACAGAGAAGAAUGUUUUCCAACACCUGGGCAUACCUUACAGAGAACCACACGAGAGAGACUGGUGAUGAUGAGGCAAGAUUUACUCAGUUUGCAUAUGACUGCAAGUUUUACAUCUCAUGUCAUAAUUUUUUUUUUUAUGAAAUCAUAUUUGUUUUUUUUUUAAGUGGGUGAAUACUAAGGGUUAUUUACCAUAGAGAUUAAUUGAAUUAGAAUGUUAUAUGGUAAUGAAUGGAAUCUGUGUUUUUAAAAUAACAUUGUUGUAUGAUUAAUGCUGC